AUGAAACAACCUUGUACUAAUGUUUACGAUUUGUGCUUCGUUAGUGUUUUCGACAGUCCUCACUUUGAGAAAAAAAUCCGCUGUAGAUGGUCGAGCGAGCGAAAGAAUCCCUCACGGAACACUUCUCAUACUUUUUCACAUAAAUUCCGGGGAUGA